UUUUUUUUUUUCUUUUAUCUCCCUCCAUUCACACAUUAUAUAGCAUGUCAGUUCUUACUUCAGUCUCUGGCUUUGCAGCUUUUGGCGUUCUUGUCCGUACAUAUGCUCUUGGUCUUCAAAAACGUCCUCUAUUCUCCAAUCCUGCUGGUCAUGCACUUGCUGCUACUGUGUUUGGUGGUGUAGGUUAUUUCGUAUACAACUUGCAAGAACGACAAAACGCCCUUAUGGCUGGCAAGAAGGAUCUUUUACUCAAGAACCGUGCUCGUGCUGAAGAAAUUGCUCAACAACAAGCUGCUCUUGCUCAAUAGAUUCCUCCUCUUUUUUUUUUUUUAAUCAACAACGACACUGACGACUACGUUUACUCUUUCUUUUACUCAUCUUAUAUAUAUAUCACGACUAUUUUUCCAUCCCGUUAUUUAGUAGUAUAGACAUCUAUACAAUCCCUCUUCUGUGAUGCACAGUACUAUUUGUUUUUUGUUUUUUUUUUUUUAACACAAUCAAUUUAUAUAAAUUCUACUCCUCCCAAAAAAAGAAUUCAAUAAAAAUAAAUAUGUUUUAUUAUUCAAAAAAAAAA